UAGAUGAGAGCAAGCGGCCGCGAUCUGCUCAGACGUCGCACUCAUUUUCUGCACUGCAGGCGUAGUCUGGUCAGACUUUGGAGUAGAGCCACUGUAAUUAGCUGGCGAUAGUCUGCAUCUUUCGUUCAUCUUCUCAAGUUCCACACUUUUUAAUGUACGAAGGGCAGUAGCAGCAUCCUAAGCUACCACUGUGGACCCAUUCCUCUUCCUCCUUCUCCUGCUCUGCUGCUCCUCCAUCGCUUUCUAGUGUAUCGCCUGCCGUCCCCUUCUACCCUCUUUCCUUGAAAGCAUUCAAAGCGUGUCCCGGAUCCUAUUCUCCCAUUUCUGUCACAACUCCUUGCAUCGCGGCUGCUCGAAGGACUGGAGGUUUUGUUAAUCUGAUCCCAAUCGGCGACAUCGGGGCUGUAACAUUGUCUUUAUUCUCUGUGUAGGCGGACGAUUUUGUCAACAACCCACCUGAGCCGAGCUGUAUCAGGCUUUAGCGAUUCAGUUCUGGACUUUCAGAAUAUUCACUGUGGUGCGGCUUGAGAUUUGCGUGCACAUCACAAGCUGGUGGAAAAAAUAACCGGGUGAUGGGAAGGGGAGUGGACUUCGAACUUUAGUCAUUCUUCCGCAUGCUCUUGUAAACAUAGCUCAGGCGAAUUGUGAGCUCAACGUGGAUUCGCGGCCGAUGGCAAGGGUAGUGAUGAUGAAUCCAUGUGUUGUCGCUCUGUUCGCUCUCCUAUUCCCCCCGCUUCUCCUAGGAGUAGUAGGGGAUAGCUCCGUAACACAUGCCAGUCUCGACUACGGUCCAAUGAUUACACUAGACCAGAAGUUAUAUGAAAGCGGCAGGCCUCGAGGACGGAAACUUGCCACCGCGAUGGUAUGGUGCAUCGCGAAGUCGAACGUCUCCUCCACAGACUUGCAAGGAGCUUUGGACUGGGUUUGCGGACCUUUACCUACUCAAGGUCAGGUCAAUUGCGGUCUAAUCAAUGACGGCGGGAGCUGCUACCAACCGAACGACGUGCAAAGCCACGCUAGUUGGGCGUUCAAUGUCUAUUUCUCCACUCACAAUGCCACCAAUGAUGCUUGUGACUUCCAAGGAACUGCUCAGCAAGUAACAGUCGACCCAAGUACCGCGACUUGUGUAUACACAGGAACAAUGAAAGAAGUGAACGGAACGAUUGGUGGCAAUGGGACAAUUAUUCCAAGCCCUCCUGGAUUCCAGAAUACAGCAUCAAUUGGAUAUGAGCCACACUUCCUCUUCCGCAUGUCAACUGCAGCGGUACUCAUGACAUACCUCUUGGUAUGACAAUCAGUUUGUGAAGUCGUAAAGAGCUGCGAUUGAUUCAGACGCCAACGGAAAUGCUCCCCUCUCCACUCCAAGCUCCUUUGGCCCUGGUUGAAGGUGCAAUCGUUUCCCCUUUUUUGUUGCUGAUUUGGAGCUUUAACGCUUAUACCCAACAAUUUUGCUCGAGUUGUAUCGAAAGUGGCAUCAUCCGGCCGUCCCGCUUCCUAAGCCAGAGGGCAGCUCAGGGGAAUGCUCCCAUUACUGACAUCAAGUGGAGAUUGCUUUGCAUUGCUUAGCUUGGCUGUCUUCAGAUGCAUUUAGGUUGCAAUGGCGGAGAAUAGAACUCAUUUCAGAUCGUUUUUACAGAUUUCUCGGAAUUGCCUCGCAGAGCAGUGCCCUCAGCGCGCAGCAUUGAGGGCACCCAUUCUACCUUAAACCAUAUCCUCAAUCGUACUAGGCAUUUACUACACUGGAUUAACCAUGGUCAAGCUUGUUCCCCGACAUACAUUCUUUAGUAAAUGAUCCAUAACUCUCUCACACCCACUUGUCCAAGUAGUGCAUCACUUUCUAGCAAUGCUGCAUCUCCGAGUUCUUCACGUCGAAGUUUGGCUAUCUCAUGAGGGCGAUGUGCUCCAGUCUUCGCUUUUUUGGAGUAGGGCCCGCUUAUGGUCUCAUUUGUGAAGAUUGCUUGCAGCUUUUGUGGUUUUUGUGUUCCGUAUCUGAGACACUUUGAAAGGGUUUAUGUUUUCAAGUUACAUGGAAUGCUUUCACUACAAAUUUGAUGAGUAGUAGCAUUUAAUAAAAUGACAUGAUUCCACUA